AUGAGGUUCUUCCGCUCCUUAGUUGCUAUUGCUAGCAUCAUGUCUCCCGCAAUCCGUCUCACCGAGGCCUCACCGGUCAACCUCACCACUCGAGGCCUGAAUGGCUACACCAACGCUGUGUACUUUACCAACUGGGCCAUUUAUGGACGCAACUAUCAGCCGCAGGAUCUCCCUGCAUCUCAGAUCACGAACGUUCUCUACGCGUUCAUGAACCUCCGGGAUACUGGAGAGGUUUACACCGCAGACACAUACUCUGAUUUGGAAAAGCAUUAUGCCUCCGACUCCUGGAACGAUAUCGGCACAAACGCGUACGGCUGCGUCAAGCAGCUCUAUCUCCUGAAGAAAGCCAAUCGCCGGAUGAAAGUCAUGCUCAGCAUCGGUGGCUGGACUUGGUCUACCAACUUCCCGGCUGCUGCCAGCAAUGCAGCAGGCCGAUCUCUCUUCGCGUCGUCAUCGAUCACGCUUAUGAAAGACUGGGGAUUUGAUGGAAUUGACGUGGACUGGGAGUACCCUGCGACGGCAGGCGAUGCAGCCAACUUCGUCUUGCUUCUUCAAGAGAUCAGAAGCCAGCUGGAUGCAUAUGCUGCACAGUACACUCCGGGCUACCACUAUCUUCUUACUGUCGCAUCUCCCGCAGGACCUGACCACUACAACGUCAUGCAGCUAAAGGCCAUGUCAGAUAUCAUCGACGCCUUCAACCUCAUGGCCUACGACUAUGCCGGAUCCUGGGAUGCGAAUAGCGGCCACCAAGCGAACCUCUUCCCGAACCCAGCGAACCCCACUGCCACCCCCUUCUCGACCGACAAGGCUGUGAGCGACUACCUCGCCGCCGGUGUCCCCGCCUCCAAGAUAGUCCUCGGGAUGCCCAUCUACGGUCGUUCUUUUGAGCAGACCAAUGGCAUCGGUCAGCCGUUCACCGGCAUCGGCAGCGGAUCGUGGGAGAACGGCGUGUGGGACUACAAGGCACUUCCUCGUGCGGGCGCCACAGAGCUGUACGAUGCGACCGCAGUGGCGUCCUACAGCUACGACUCCAGCGCUAAGGAGCUCAUCUCCUACGACACGCCGGCUGUGGUGAGGACCAAGGUCUCUUAUCUGCAAAGUAAGGGUCUUGGAGGGUCGAUGUUCUGGGAGGCCAGCGGGGACAGGACCGAUGACGCUAGUCUGAUGAAGACCAGCUUCGAUGCUCUUGGUGGCAGUGCCGCGCAGGAUUCGAGUGAGAACCAGUUGAGCUACCCGAACAGCAAGUACGACAACAUCCGCGCGGGAGUGCCUGAGGGCUGA